CGUUACCACUGUUUUCGUUUAAUAUGGCGCCUGCUUAACAAUGGUAUCGACAGAAAAUUUUUUUAAUCCUUACAAAGUGAUGUAUAAACAGUCGUUGUAACUCGUUCGGUGAUUUUAUGAGAUUGUUAAUGAUUUUAAAAUGCCUGUUGACAUAAAUCGCUUGACAGAAGGAUGGCUGGAACUCGAAAGUGACCCAGGCCUCUUUACUCUUCUCCUCGAAGAUUUUGGUGUCAAAGGAGUACAAGUUGAAGAAAUAUACGACCUUCAAAAAUCAUUGGAAGGACCCGUAUAUGGAUUUAUAUUCUUAUUUCGGUGGAUCGAAGAGCGGCGAUCUCGUCGUAAGGUAGUCGAACAGGAUGAAAGCUUCGUCAAGGAUGAGGACAUUGUUAACAACAUAUUUUUCGCACAACAAGUCGUUCCAAACAGUUGUGCAACUCACGCUCUACUUUCGGUACUAUUAAAUUGUCCAAAUAUCCAUUUGGGCACGACACUAUCGCGCCUAAAAAUGCACACAUCUGGUAUGUGUCCCGAAAAUAAGGGCUGGGCAAUCGGCAACACUCCAGAAUUGGCUUGCGCCCACAAUUCUCACGCAAUGCCUCAGGCCAAGAGACGUCAAGAUAAAAACACGGGUGUAUCGACCGGCCGAUUUACGGGUGAAGCUUUUCACUUUGUCAGUUAUGUCCCCAUAAAUGGCAGAUUGUUCGAAUUGGAUGGGUUGAAACCAUAUCCACAGGAUCAUGGUCCAUGGAAAGAGAACGAAGAAUGGACGGAACAAUUUAGGCGAGUGAUAACCGACAGAUUAGGAAUGGCAACUGGAGAACAACUUCAAGAUAUACGAUUCAAUCUAAUGGCAGUUGUUCCCGAUCGCAGACUUGCGAUUUCUCACAAGCUGACGAUGCUGAAAACUAAUAGGCAAAUUGUGCUUGAAGCUUUGCAACAGCUUGUCAAAUUGAGCCAUCCAGAUGGCGAUAAAAGUUCCAAUCUUUCGGAAAAGAUGGACAAGAGUGAAAAGAAACUCAAACUGGAGGAAGAAGUUGCUAGUAAUAAAAGUGAAAUCGAAACUUCUAUUCCUACUAUUAGUGUGGAGCACUGUAAUAACUCCGGGACUGAUAAUGAAGAAAUUAUCCCGAGUACAAAAAGAGAAUCAAGCGGGAUGGAGAAAGUAGUUAUGUGUGCUUUAGAUUAUGCGACUCCUCUUCAAAUACAAACUUCGCCAGCUCACAGUUCUUCCAGUACGGACACCUCAUCCGAAAUUGGAUCGGCUUUUAACUCGCCUACUCAAGCUUGGGGCUGGAACUCUGGGCAGAGCAGUCCAACUUCCACAAAGGAUUUUAAGAAGUUUGUUGUAAUUCGUGUUGCUGGCGAUGAAAAAAACGAAGCAGGCUUGAGUCGCUCCUUGGGUAGUAUCAACAUUAAUGGAAAAAGAUUAGUCUCUGACAGUGGACAUUUACACAAGAAAGUGUGCCUAUCCGGAGAAGUUAGGAUACCACAUGCAAGAGUCAAAACUAGUAAUGGAGACACAGUGACCGAGGAAAAGAAAGUUGAAAAAAUUGACCCGAAAUUGUGCUCCAAGUAUCCAGAACUUUUCGAACCACACACUUUUGCUCCCAAAGAUCUUCUGGCAUUGCUUAAAAACCUGGAGCAUGAGAUUUCCAUUUGCGAGACUAGUUUAAAAGAUGAAAAUGAUAAAAGAAAUAAAUACAAGAUUGAUGAUUGCAGAAGGACGCACAAUUAUGACGAAUUUAUUUGCACCUUUCUUUCCAUGUUGGCCCAGCAGGGAAAACUUGCUGAACUCGUUCAACAACAUUUAACUUUAAAGAAGCACACAUCUGUAUCCGUAAAUAGAGUUCACAGAUCGUCGAAGAAAACCGAAACUCGACCAAAUUCCUCUAGAAGACGUCGUGGCAGGACCAAAUGCAAGAAACGAAAAUAAGCAGUAUAUUUGGAUUUGCAUGAAAACUAAAAUUUAUGAGAAAAGACUUGCUUCAUUUUGUUUUAGAAAAUCAGCUUAACGUGGACCUUAUUUGCCGCCCGGUGAAGAUUUUUUUUGGAAAUCUCAGUUUUCUAAUUGAUUCUAUAUUUUUUUUCAAUUUUUUAUUUGACCCUAGUUUUAUCAUUAGUUUCUAAUUAUAGAUUAUAUUAUUCUGUAAACAAAGUUUUAUUUAUGGUUCGUUCUCAUCUUUAAACUUAUCGAUAAAAAAGUUUUAGUCCAUAGUAAAUUAUAUUUACAGUUAUAAACUAUGAGAAUAUGGAGAAAAUAAUAAAAACCGAUUUCGUCUUUAAUGUAAAA